AUGAAACUUACACUUGUCUUGAAUGCUACCCGCAGACACAUUAAACCCGUCUCACCAAUCCUGCCACCACUGCCACUGUUCCGACGUGUGUUAAGAGCUCACAGAAAGCUACCACCAGAUGUGCGAUACCUAGGUGAUGAAUAUGUCAAGUCAGAGUUUAGGGCACACAAGGAUAUUGACAAUCCUCUUUAUAUUGUGGGGUUCCUGACCCAAUGGCAGAAAUACGCUGAAUCGAUAGAAGGUGAUACUUGGAAACAAGAUAAAUUAGACAUGGAAAAACUGUCCAAGAUGAGCGACGAACAGCUUGUCCAGCUUUACGAGCUCAUGCAGGCUACUAAAGACGAGCCUUCGGAGUACGGCGAUAUCCUCAAGCCUCUUGACAAGAAGAAGGAUUAA